AUGCCUGGCACGCCGAGCACGCCGAGCAUCAAUUCUGCCAUUGAGCAGAAGGUUUCACCAAUAGUCACAGUGGCUGUCGACACGCCGCAGGCAUCUGGUUCAAAGCAACAUGCAUCUGAUCAUGUCUGGGCCGUCGGUGCGUCCUCGCAAAUGUACGAGCCCAUCCCCGAAUAUGAAGGCCGCCACCGAUACGAUCCCGCUGCGACCUGGUCGGAGCACGAGGAGAAGAAAUUGGUUAGGAGGCUUGAUUACAAAAUAUGCGCAUGGGUUUGUUUAAUGUUCUUCGCGCUCCAGUUGGACCGCGGCAACAUCAAUCAAGCAAACUCCGACAACAUGCUGGAAGACCUUGGCCUUUCAACAAACCAAUACAACUACGGCAUGACGAUAUUCUAUCUGUGCUUCCUUUGUGCCGAACUACCCUCGCAGAUGAUCUCGAAGAAGCUGGGACCGGACGUCUGGAUUCCCAUCCAGAUGGUCUCUUGGAGCAUCAUCGCCGCCUGCCAAUGCUUGAUGACAGGGCAGAAGGGAUUCUACGCCACGCGGGCUUUACUUGGUCUCAUUGAAGGCGGCUUCAUUCCGGACGCAAUCUUGUACCUUUCGUACUUCUACAAGAGCAAGGAGCUGCCCAUCCGCAUGAGCUACUUCUACUGCGCGUCAUACACAACUCAAAUUAUUGCUGCGUUUCUCGCGUUCGGUAUUCUGCAUCUGCGAGGUGCCGGAGGUUGGGAAGGAUGGAGGUGGCUCUUUGCCCUCGAAGGCGGUUUGACAGCCUUGAUUGGUGUGUUCUCGUGGUUUUACCUGCCGCCUAGUCCCACGCAGACCGCAAGUUGGUUCCGCGGCAAGGACGGCUGGUUCACGGAACGCGAAGAGAUUAUCAUGGUUAAUCGUAUUCUAAGAGACGAUCCAAGCAAGGGAGGAAUGCACAAUCGUCAAGGCCUGACACCAAGGCUUCUUUGGUCUGUACUAUCGGACUGGGACCUUUGGCCCAUCUAUCUCUACGGUCUCACGCUUCUUAUCCCCGUCAGACCGAUCGAUCAGUACUUGACCAUCAACUUGAAGGCUCUCGGUUUCGACACGUUUCAGACAAACCUACUCACCAUCCCGGGAUACGUUCUGUUCUUGAUCCAACUCGUGUUCUGGUCGUGGGUCUCGGAGCGCUGGAACAACCGCAUGCUGAUCGUUUUCCUUUACUCCGUCUGGGUAUUUCCUCUCGUUCUGGCUUUGGAGUUGAUGCCGGCGGGCUCUAGCCCUUGGAAGUGGUACGCGGUCACUGCUCUGAUCGUUGGUUACCCUUACGUCCAUUCCAUUCUAGUCAGUUUGACAUCGCGGAAUGCGGGCACAGUCCGAACUAGGACUGUCGGCAGUGCUCUGUACAACAUGACAGUUCAGGCCAGCAGUAUCAUUGGCUCAAACAUCUAUCAAAAGGACGACGCGCCGCUUUACCGCCGAGGCAACAAGGUCAUCUUAGGGCUUAUCGCAUGGAACGCGGUGCUUGCUUGGCUCAUCAAGGCCUACUACAUGCGAAGAAACAAGACGCGCGACGAUAUCUGGAAUGCUAUGAGCCAAGAGGAGAAGGACAACUACCUAGCAACUACAAAGGACGAAGGGAGCAGACGCCUCGACUUUCGCUUCGCUCACUAG